AUGUCGGACGAUAAGCUGCCUCAAAUAGACCUGGAGAAGGUUAAAAUCUCUACAGAUGGCUCUAUGUCAGGAAUGGCAAAAGGACUAUUCCAACAAGUCAUGGAAGGAAAUCCAUAUUUCGCAGCUGGUGGAGGUUUAAUGAUACUGGGAACCUCCCUAGCUCUCAUGCGUAGAGGUAUUAACAGCGUUAGUAGACUUUUAUAUCAUCAGAUGUUGGUUGAUCUGGAAAUUCCUUCCAAGGAUAAAUCAUAUUUAUGGUUUUUGCAAUGGAUGUCACAGCAUCCAUCUAGAUCAUCAAGACAUCUUGCAGUGGAAACAAGUUACUUACAGCAUAACAAUGGCUCUGUAACAACAAAAAUUGACUUCGUGCCAGGGCCAGGGAACCAUCUUAUUAGGUAUAAGGGAGCUUUUAUGCUUGUAAAGCGUGAAAGGUCAAACCAAAUCGCUAAUUUCUCAAAUGGGACUCCAUUCGAAACCGUGAAACUUACCACCCUCUAUAGGGAUAGGAGCCUAUUUACUGAACUGCUUACUGAAGCCAAAACUUUAGCUGUGAAGGCGCAGACAGGUAAAACUGUCAUAUAUACAUCGUGGGCUAGCGAGUGGAGACCCUUUGGACAACCGAAGGCCAAAAGAAUGCUCUCCAGUGUCAUCUUUGAUAAGGGAGUGAAAGAGUCAAUUAUUGCUGAUGUUAAGGAGUUUCUGCAAAAUGGACAAUGGUAUCACGAGCGUGGAAUUCCAUAUAGAAGGGGCUAUUUACUCUAUGGGCCACCAGGCAGUGGAAAAACUAGUUUUAUUCAGGCAUUGGCUGGUGAACUAGACUAUAAUAUAUGCAUCAUGAACCUUGCAGAUAGUAACCUCAGCGACGAUAGACUCAAUUAUCUGAUGAACAACCUACCAGAGAGAAGUAUAGUGCUGCUCGAGGACAUCGAUGCUGCGUUUGUCAAGAGGACCAAGUCAGAAGAAGGCUUUAUUAAUGGUGUGACAUUUAGUGGUCUUCUAAAUGCGCUGGAUGGUGUUGCUUCCAGUGAAGAGGUCAUUACCUUCAUGACUACAAACCAUCCUGAGAAAUUAGAUCCUGCUGUUCUACGUCCAGGACGUAUCGAUUUCAAGGUCCACGUCGGUAACGCAACACCAUACCAAAUAGAACAAAUAUUCUUAAGAUUUUAUCCUGGGGAAACUGAACUAUGCAAAAUAUUUGUGGAGGAAGCACUUGAGCUGCACAUUCCGCUGUCGCCUGCCCAACUGCAGGGUCUAUUUGUUUUCAACAAGAGCGAUCCACACAGCGCCAUAAAAAUGGUGGGGACUCUUGCACACUCUGGUCCGGCUCUUUGGGACCAUGGUUCAGCACAACAAUUGUAA